UAAUUGUUUUUAUCAGAAGAAAAGCUAAAGAUUUUUAUAAAUUGUAUUUUCUUGUAUAACAAUUGAUGAAAAAAAAAUUUGGUUGAAGUUAAGCAGAUUUGUUCUGAUUGUUAUUAAAUCCAAAGGAGAUGUUAUUUCAAUAUCUUGUUAGUUUCUCUGCUUUUAUAUGUGGGAAUUGUAUCUUUCCGCUUACUGUUGAUGAAACAUUAUAUAACCAGAGUUUAAAAGAUAAAGAAGCAAUCCAAUAUAUAGUGAAAGAUCUUCAAGUAGGUGCUCGUUAUGAAGUUCGAGUGUCUUAUCCAUCAGUAAUUCCUACUGAUUUUGUGAUUGAUGUUGGCAUAGUUGAAGAUGCUUUUUUAUCAAGGGCUUUACUAAAUGUUGAGCAAAUGCAUUUUAUUGCACAAGAAAAUGUUUACUUUGUGAAAGUCACAGCUUAUAGAACAGGUGUUCCAUUACGUCUUGAGAGGUUGUCAGACCCUGCUAAAUUUAAUAUAAUAGUAAAUCGCCUUUAUCUCGGCUGUUCCAUCGCAACGUGGAAAAUAAUAGUGUUUGGUCUUAUUUUGAACGGACUUGCUGUCAUGUAUCUAGUUCCUUUCAUAAUUAACGUUCUCCAAGUAUACGCAGAGAAAACUGAACACAUAUAUUAAAAUACUAUUUGACAAGCACUGUUCCAUCAUUAUUUAUUAACGUGCUUAAGAAUUACAUGCAUCCAAUUUAAAUUGUAGAUGAGGAAUAAUAAUGAAUAUUCCCAAAAAAAAUUUUAAGUAACUUUUAGAAGCUUCGAUUGUUCUGAAAAUAAAACAGCGUUCUAUAUAACAUCGAUAAUAUCUAAAGUGGAUGAAGAAUCUUUUAAAAAAACGAAAUUGAAUAUGAAAGUUUUUGUUUUCUUUGACAUAAACACUCCAACGAAACGCAUCUUGGAAAAUGAAAUUUAUAUUUAUAUAUUCUUGAAAAAAAUAUUUUAUACAGAAAUAAUUAUUGCGAUGUUCUACAAUAAAUUGUAUUACUACUUAAAAAUAUUUUUUUUUAA